AGAGGAAGGCGAGGAACGCUACGCUGCCCGUCACCAGCCAAACCACUGUUCGGCAAGGAGAUCUUACCUGGGCGCGCCAUUCGACGGGACGAAGAACAUUCUUCCGUUUUGCAAGCGCAGGCAUGCAUGGUAUGGCCAGUCCGAUCAGUGUACGCACCAGCUCGAGGCAUGCUCUAUCCGUCCCUCGGUCAUCUUUAGUUCGAGCAGCACACGCUUCACAUUUAGUGAUAAGAGUUGCAGAUCCAUUAUUCCCUUGCGCUAAGCUCUCGAAAGCGCGUGCUGUCAUGGCAGCAGCAAUGGAGGUCUCCAAGGCCCCUUCCUCUUCUGGUUUGGCAAACCGCCAGCCAUCCAAAGAGGUUCUUGAGACAUGGCGCAAUGCCAAUGCGGUGUGCUUCGAUGUGGAUAGCACUGUAUGCUUGGAUGAGGGUAUUGAUGAGCUUGCUGAUUUCUGUGGGGCUGGGCAGGCAGUUGCCGAGUGGACGACAAAGGCGAUGACAGGGACCGUUCCAUUUGAAGAGGCUCUUGCUGCCCGGAUCUCUUUAAUCAAGCCAUCUCUGUCCCAAGUUGAGGACUGUUUGGAGAAGAGGCCACCCAGGAUUUCUCCUGGAAUCGCAGAUUUGAUUAAGACAUUAAAAGCUAAUAAUACUGAAGUAUUCCUUGUGUCAGGAGGUUUCCGGCAAAUGAUCAAGCCUGUGGCAUUUGAUCUUGGCAUUCCUACUGAAAACAUCAUAGCAAACCAACUGCUAUUUGGGUCAUCCGGAGAGUAUGCUGGAUUUGAUCCCACAGAGCCUACUUCUCGAAGUGGGGGUAAAGCAGUAGCUGUGCAACAAAUAAGACAGGAUCAUGGUUACAAUACACUGGUUAUGAUUGGAGAUGGUGCCACUGAUCUUGAGGCUCGGCAACCUGGUGGGGCAGACUUGUUCAUCUGUUACGCCGGUGUCCAGAUGAGAGAAGCAGUUGCAACCAAAGCUGACUGGACCGUCUUCGAAUUUCAAGAGCUAAUUUCUGAAUUGUCAUAAUUCUGAUACCUCACAGUGAUUCUGAAUCUUUUGCUGUUCACACGUGACAGAUGAUUGUAUGUGCUCAUGCUUGUGUUCAGCUGUAUCACUUAAUUGCAGUUAUUUCGCUUUUCGGUCAUUCCUUUCAUGAGGUGGUGCCAGAACUGAAUCUGGUUGUGUUUCUGAAACCUGGUGGUCAUGUGUAUCUGAUAUGGAAACCUGAUAGUUAUGUAUUAAUAUUAAAAUUUAUGGUUAUCU